AUGCGUUUGAGGGUAGCCAUGUUGGAUGAAAUCACUAAUGUGUUGUUUCGUGCAGGCUGCAAUUGUCAUUUAAUUACCAGAGUCAAUUUAACUGAUAGUGAUUUAAUUGGGGGUGAUAAUGCGAAGCAAGAAAUGUCUGCUGCUGCUUUUAUUUCAAAGAAAUGUUUGUCAGAAAUUGCCGUUGAUAUUGAAACAGCUAGUGAUAUUCCACUAUUCCAACAAAUUAAAACUGAAUUAUAUAAAGUCAGAAACUCGACAAGACCUAGUUUGCCUAAAACCAUCCAGGACAUUUCGUUGAGCGGAGAGUGGACAAGUACUCGAGAUGGUAAUCGGGAGUUCCUCAUCAUAGACAAAAUAAUUGGUCCAGAAAAUCGAAUGAUGGUGUUUUGUUCUGAAGAGGAUUUGGAAAAACUUUGCCAAAGUGAUAGCAUUCACAUGGAUGGUACAUUUAAAAUCGUACCAAAAUUGUUCUCGCAAUUAUAUACCAUCCACGGAUCAUACUUAGGAAAGAUUUUUCCCUUAGCGUUUUGCUUGAUCGGGAGCAAAUCCAAAGAAACAUAUAUUGAGUUAUUCUCGGCGAUAAAAGAACAUGCACGUUCCCAUGGUCUGAUAUUUCAUCCGAAGUUCGUCAUGAUGGACUUCGAGACGGCCUGCAUAGCUGCACUGGAAGAAGUAUUUAAAGGUGUUGUCGUGAAAGGCUGUUUCUUUCAUUUCAGCCAAUGUAUAUGGAAGCAGGUUCAGAGACUUGGUCUAGUCACUGAGUAUGCUGGAAAUAAAGAAGUAAGGAAUUUCUUCAGAAAAAUGGCUGCUCUGGCUCUAGUUCCACCAACUCUGGUACCUGAGGCCUUCCUCAUUAUACAAGAAAAUCAGCCAAGUACAGGAAAAGAAGACACUUUUAUAUCCUACAUGGCAGAAACUUGGCUCGAUGAGCAAGAUGCCAAACUUCCGAUGUAA